AUGAAUCGUGAGGUCCUUAUUUCCUGUUUCCUCCCACUAGCCGUCGGGUUAGUUCUUCACGACCCACACACACAUGUACACGAUGCUCCCCCACUUCCGGCAUUCUGCAAUCAUUUGGACUGUCCAAGAUUCUCCGUCCUUCAGACAUUCAAAGAGGGAUAUGAGCUCCGUCAGUACGAACCAUCAAAAUGGGUGAUGACAAAUCUAACCGCCAUGAUAUUCACAGAUGACGAUGACAAAACAAUGUUUGAUAAACUUUUCUAUUAUAUAUCUGGAAAUAAUUCUGCUCAUUCAAAAAUCCCCAUGACCGCCCCAGUAUUACGUGAAGUGCUCCACGGACCUGGGCCCGCCUGUGAGAGCACGUUCAUGACCCAUUUUAUGAUCCCUUUCUCCUUACAAGCGAACACGCCCACCCCCACAGAUCCGCGCGUGUAUCUCAGGGACUUACCCGCCAUGCAGGUUUUUGUGAGAUCAUUUGGAGGUAGACCAAAAGCAGAAGACUACAUGAACGAACUUCAGACUUUGGCUGAUCAAAUCGGUAACAGUGCUAGAUUCGAGAACGCAUUCUACUUUUUCUCCGGAUACGAUAGCCCAUACAAAGUGACCGACCGACAUAACGAAGUUUGGCUAAAGAAACUUUGAGACGUCAAUUGAGCUGACAGAACAAUUUUAGUUGUCAUAAUAUUUGUCAAAUAUACCUGGUGUUUUUAUUGUUUUAUACACGUUUAUUAAUAAAUAUUUUUCUUCA